AUGGUGUCCUGGGGUCGCCUGAUUCUUCAUGCCUUUUCUUUUUCUCCUCUAUCCAACAAUGACCUUACCAAAAUCUACCAGCCCGACAAGGCAAAGUUUGCCAUUCCUGCAAUUCAACCGCCAAAGAAUCUGCUAGGAGGAGCAAACGGGGCGUCCUUCAAUGGCCCAGCUUUUGUGUCCAAUGGCAUGCAGACAUUGCAGAAUGCUCUGGGAGCGCAAAUGCAGGAUGGAAACUCUGUUCUCGGAAGCUUCGACGCACCAACCCUUCCUGCCUUCCGCACUGAUGGCGGCACCCCUCUUCCUUUUGGGUUUCCAUGGGGCAAGUCAACGGCCAACAAUACAAACUAUUACACAGAUACACCCAACACUGGUGUCACUCGCUAUUACGACUUUGAGAUAUCCGCUGGUCGGAUUGCACCUGAUGGCGUGUUCAAGGAUGGUGUUCUCGUCAACGGACAAUUUCCAGGCCCGACCAUCGAAGCCAACUGGGGCGACAUGAUCUCAAUCACUGUGAAGAACUCGCUAGAUGAGGGAACAUCGAUGCACUGGCAUGGCCUUCUUCAAAAAGCCACUCCGUGGUUUGAUGGAGUGCCAACCAUCAUGCAAUGCCCAAUCGCCCCUGGAAAAUCCUUCACAUAUGUGUUUCAGGCCGAUCUAUAUGGAACCAGCUGGUAUCACAGCCACUUCAGUGCACAGUAUGCAGGUGGCGCAGCCGGUGCCAUGAUCAUCUAUGGUCCCAAGAAUGUGGACUACGACAUCGACCUUGGCCCGGUAAUCCUGAGCGACUGGUACCAUGAAGACUACUACACUCUUGUCGAACAGACAAUGUCCAAAAAGGGCGACAACACUCCUCAACCGACUUCCAAUAACAACUUGAUCAAUGGCAAGAUGAACUUUCCUUGCUACAAAGAUGUCAACUGCACCGCCAAUGCUGGUGUUUCCAAAUUCGCCUUCACCUCUGGCAAGAAACACAGACUACGAUUGAUCAACAUGAGUGCUGAAGCCAUGCAAAAGUUCUCGAUCGAUGGUCACAAGAUGACUGUCAUUGCAAAUGAUUUUGUCCCCGUCGAGCCUUAUGAUGUUGCGGUUGUCACCCUCGCAGUUGGCCAACGUACCGAUAUUAUCGUCGAAGCAGACGGCUCACCCACCGACAGCGUCUGGAUGCGCUCCAAUCUCCAAUACUGCUCCUUGACCGACGGAACUGUCAAUGAAGCCGUGGCAGCCAUCUACUACGAAAACGCGGACAACACCACAAUUCCUACCUCCACGACUUCUGUCACCACAGCCCAGCUUUCCUACUGCAACAACGAUGACCUCUCGGUCACCAAGCCCUUUUUUCCCAUCACACCCGACCCAAACCCGUCGACUACUGAAGACUUGAUUAUCGAGUAUCGCACCAACGAGACCGACUUCAAUCUCUGGUUUGUCAACAAUGUCAGUUUCAGAGGCGACUACAACAACCCUGUGCUUCUGGAAGCCAAACUCGGCAACCUUGACUUCCCCGAAGAGUAUAACGUCAUGAACUUUGGGUCCAACAAGACUGUUCGUCUGGUCGUGUACGUCCUCGCAGAAGGCUUCGGCGAAUACUCCAACACCGUCACCAACCCCUCCAACCCCCAACGCCGCGACACCAUCUGGGUGCAAGCCGCCAAAGACGCGAAUACACCCGCCUACGUAGUGCUCCAAAUCGAUCAAGACAAUCCCGGUGUGUGGCCCUUCCAUUGCCACAUCGCAUGGCACGUGAGCGCUGGUUUGUACGUGAGUAUUCUAGAACGACCAGAAGAUGUCAAGAAGAUGGCUAUUCCGGGGGUGAUGGCGCAGAGCUGUAGGGAUUGGAGCGAGUUUACGGGGAAAGCUGUUGUUGAUCAAAUUGAUAGUGGGUUGUAG